AUGGCUGAGGAUGGCGAAAAUAUUUCUGUUAUGACAGUUAAGGAACCAUUGGACCUCAUAAGACUGAGUUUGGAUGAGAGAAUAUAUGUAAAAAUGCGCAAUGAACGAGAGCUGCGAGGAAAGUUGCAUGCUUAUGACCAGCAUUUGAAUAUGGUGCUUGGUGAUGCAGAAGAGACUAUCACAACAGUUGAAAUAGAUGAAGAAACAUAUGAAGAAGUGUACAGAACAACUAAGAGGAAUAUACCUAUGUUAUUUGUAAGGGGUGAUGGUGUUAUAUUAGUUUCACCACCUGUCAGAGUAGGUGUUUAG